CGUUGCUCCCCGCAAUCUCCGUGCCUACUGUGCUUAUUAGUCUCCUGCCUCACGCUCUCUUUGUUCUUUUUGCUUCUGAAUGUGAUCACUUCAUUAUUAAAAAAAAAUAAUCAUUCUGAACCUACAUUGCCUUUGAUUCUUUUCCUGAUUCAUUGUAAUCAUGGGUAUUCCGAUGUUCCGGGAGCCUUCCCCGACAGAAGAUACGAGGAGUUCUGCUAUCAAAGAUAGUUGCGCUGCCGCACGCUCUGCGAUCCGUCGUCAGGCCAGUGUUCGUCGCCCUUCGCGUUACGGUUCAGUCCUGCGAAAUGCCACACUACGAACAAUCUCUCCUCGGACAUUGACAGAGGAGAUCGAGCGCGAACGCGAACGAGAUUCGAGCAGCCUCCAGCGCCAUGGUCGCUCGCCCAUCAUUCCACGGGCAUUGAUACUAGCAGAGGAGGUUGACCGCGCACGCGAGCGCGAGUCGAGUAGCAUACAGGGACACGUUCGCUCGCCUCUUUCGAACUCUGCCACCGCUGAAGAUCCAUUUGAUCUCACCGCUGGAUUAUUGGAUUCUAGUCGCAACGAAGCCGGUCAGCGACUGCUUAGUGACGCUCUCCGCCACGGCCGUCCUGGCCAACGCCUGAGGAUCCCACGCAGUUCGAUCUUGUCCGACACCCAGCGUAUCGCUUCUCCAGGCGUAGAUACAAACAGCAGACAGGAUCAAGAUCAUCCUCAUUUCACACCUCGCUUUGCCCCUGCGGCCGCAUACCACGGAAGCGCUUCUCAAGCGCGACGACUUCACGAAAUGUCGCUAUUUCCUCCAUCGGAAAGCCUGGGUCCAGAUCUGUCUGCGCCAUUUGCUUUCCCUUCCUUGAGACGUGUGGGCCAGCGGUCCAUCAAUGAUGCCAACCGUCUGAACCAAGAUUCGCUUUCAGAUGGCCUGGGCGAUCGUCAACGGAGCCUCAGCCCAGAUGAUGACCACGCCAACGAUGCCUGGGAGACAUUAUUGACAACAAUCACGCCUGACACAAGUCUGCCCAGUGCUGAUACAUCGUUCAAUUCAGCGUCUGCACCUGGUCCGAAUGCUUCCGCCAGCGACGCUAUGAGAAGCUCUGCCACGGCGUUGCGAACCGUUUCAAACUCAAUCCCCUCAGGCCCCAGUACAAUGGAGAUAGUGCUCGAUCCGUACCCUGAAUACUUGAAUCCAUGUGAUUUCCCACCAAGUGCUACCGAAUCGGAAAGCGAUUCAGAGUCUGAGGUUUCGCAGAAUCCACUGCUUCGACGUUAUCGCGCCGUCCGCCAACUGGAGUCUUUGAGGCGCGCCGUUGAUUUACAAGGGGCCAUGGCACGUUCUCUGGGAACCGUGAGACGAGCACCCGAACUCCAAUCAACCAUGAGUACUCAGCCUCCAAUUCCCACUGUAUCUUUCGCCUUUUCCAACUCUUCUACGGACCAAAACUUGCACCAGGUCCAGGCCGUGUUGGACCGCCUCACACGUCGACAGGAUCUUCCUGACGACUUUUGGGCGUCCGUCGGACUGUCUCGCUCCCUCGGUCAGCGCGAAGCCGACCAGCCAUCUGACGCCGACAUAGUGGACGGACCACUUCGUCGAAGCUGAAAAACGAUUCCCUGGUGCUUGUUUUUCUAUGUACUUUCUUCCUGUUUCUCUGUCCUAUUUUGGUUCUGGGUGAUAGACAAUGCUUGUUAUGCUUCACUUGAGAGAUACCGGGAAACGCGCAGGCCACAAGGGUCGAGCUUUUUCUUAGCGGGAAUGAUGUGUCAGGCGUUAUUGGUGUGUUUUGAUAUCUUUUCCAUUCUGGGCGGCGGGCACCACCCGAUACGGAAAUAAUUUUCUCCAUACAUACUUUUGUCUUUCCUGUACUGAUAUCUCAAAGUUUUCAAUUGAUGAGACCCCUUACUAUCACAGCUCAUGUAUG